AUGAACACCACCGAAUCACCGAACCCAAACAGAGCGUUAACGAACACCCGCUUCUCCGAUUUAGAACCUUCGAUUUCCGAACCGGUUCUCGAAACCUUAGCUCAAGCGGGGUUCGAUUAUUGCACGCCGGUUCAAGCCGCAACUAUUCCUUUACUAUGCAGCUACAAAGACGUAGCUGUCGACGCCGCCACUGGCUCCGGAAAAACUCUAGCUUUUCUUGUACCUCUCGUUGAAAUUCUUCGCCGAUCCUCUUCUCCUCCCAAACCUCACCAGAUUUUGGGAAUAAUCAUUUCUCCUACAAGGGAGUUAUCGUCACAAAUAUAUAAUGUUGCACAACCUUUUAUUGCGACCUUAUCGAAUUUUAAGUCCACGCUACUUGUUGGGGGCAUGGAUGUAAAAGCAGAUGUGAAGAGAAUAGAGGAGGAAGGAACUAAUUUAUUGAUAGGGACGCCUGGGAGGCUAUAUGAUAUAAUGGAGCGUAUGGAUGUCUUGGAUUUUAGAAACCUCGAGGUUUUGAUUCUAGAUGAGGCCGAUAGGCUCUUGGAUAUGGGAUUCCAGAAGCAGCUAACUUCCAUUAUAUCUCGCUUACCCAAGCUUCGUAGAACUGGCCUUUUCUCAGCUACUCAAACUGAGGCUGUUGAAGAGCUAUCCAAAGCUGGACUGAGGAAUCCCGUGAGGGUUGAAGUUCGAGCUGAAACAAAAUCAUCAAAUAACACAGAAUCGGCUCAACAAUUAGCACCUUACAGAACACCAUCAGGCCUUCAUCUCGAGUAUCUGGAAUGUGAAGCAGAUAAGAAACCAUCUCAGCUUGUUGAUCUCCUUACCAAGAACAAGUCUAAAAAGAUUAUUAUAUACUUCAUGACUUGUGCUUGUGUUGAUUAUUGGGGGGUUGUUCUACCACAUCUUGCUGUUUUGAAGGGAUUCUCUCUGAUAUCUCUUCAUGGGAAGAUGAAGCAGACUGCAAGAGAGAAAGCACUGGCUUCAUUUACUUCUCUCACAAGUGGCAUUCUUCUGUGCACUGAUGUUGCAGCACGUGGACUUGACAUUCCUGGUGUGGAUUGUAUAGUGCAGUAUGAUCCCCCUCAAGACCCAAAUGUCUUCGUUCAUAGAGUUGGCCGAACUGCUCGUUUGGGUAGGCAAGGAAAUGCCAUUGUUUUUCUUUUGCCAAAGGAGGAAUCUUAUGUGGAAUUUCUGCGCAUAAGAAGGGUUCCUCUUCAAGAAAGGAAAUGUGCAGAUGAUACACCUGAUGUUAUUUCUCUGAUACGAUCUGCUGCUAAAAAGGACCGUGAUGUCAUGGAAAAAGGACUGAGAGCAUUUGUUUCUUACAUCCGUGCAUACAAGGAGCACCACUGCUCUUACAUUUUCAGGUGGAAAGAACUUGAAGUUGGGAAGUUGGGCAUGGGAUAUGGCUUAUUGCAGCUCCCAUCGAUGCCAGAGGUAAAGCACAACUCUCUUUCAACCGAGGGUUUCACUCCAGUUGAUGAUGUCAAUUUAGAGGAGAUCAAGUACAAGGAUAAAUCUCGUGAGAAACAAAGGCGGAAAAAUGUGCAAGCAAAGAAAGAAGCACAGAAUCAAGAACCAAAACCCCAAAAGCCACGCAAGACCCCCAAUGCUGCACCUAGUGCCAUGAGAAAGAAAACAGCUAAACAGAGACGAGCUGCCCAAACAAUUGAGGACGAGGAAGAGUUGGCUCAGGAAUAUCGUUUACUGAAAAAACUGAAGAAGGGGAAAAUUGAUGAAAGUGAAUUUGAAAAGUUAACAGGAACUGAUGAACUGCUUUGA